CGCGUUAUACCCGCCGCCGCCGCCGCCGCCGCCGCCGCCAUGUCGCCGCUCACCUGCUCGCUGCUCGCAUUCCUCGCGCUGUUUGCCGCCGCCGACGCCUUGUUACCGAACCCUUAUUGCAGUAAACUGGUAUUGGGCAAACAAACAAAGGACUUUAUUGAUUUUAGCCUGACUGCUCCUGGUGGCGUCGUCACCAUUCCUGAUAAAUGUUCUAGACCAGGAAGAAGGCUAGUGGGCGAGCUUAUCAGCGUGUGCAAUGUGCCCAACUCGAAGCCUACAAUAACUCAAGCAAUUCAGUCACAAUAUGAUAUCAAACCGAACUUUGCUAUGGUUAACAUCGACUGUCCUAGCAACAUCGCCGGCUGUGAUAAACUUGAUGUUCAUGUGACAGAGUAUUGUGAAAUGGUCACUGCACCUCAUUAAGUACUUGAGAGACGGUCACAAUAAUUAUGAUGAGAAUAGGAUUCUUGUCAAUGAUUAAAUAUACAUAAGAUUACAUAA